AUAUUCGUUUACGGGCGGCUGCUUUCUAUGGAAUUAAAAAUGGCGGCUGCAAGUGUUUUGCGAUCAGCUGUAUAUUCUUGUAAAAUAAAUAAUUUGAGAUGGUGCGGACGGGCCCUGUCGAGCAGCGCGGUCCGCUGUGCCGCGGACAAGCCUGCGACUGUACGAGAUGCUCCGCAGAUCGACGUUGAGGCGGUCGUCAACCCGGAGAAAGUCAGUCACCAGAAAGAGCUGCAAGGGUACAUCACCAUUGAUCAGCCGAUGGACGUGAGCGCUGUGUCGGGUGUGCCCGAGGAGCACAUCAAGACGCGGCUGGUGAGGAUAUUCAAGCCCUCGAAGCACGCCAUGCAGUCGGGAACGGACAACACCCACCACUGGCAGAUGGAGUUCGAGACCAGGGAGCGUUGGGAGAACCCGCUCAUGGGUUGGUCGUCCACCGGUGAUCCACUGUCUAACAUGAAGGUGGACUUCAGAAAUGAACAAGAAGCUAUUGCAUUCUGUGAGAAAAAUGGAUGGAAGUGGUAUGUAGACAAAGAAAAACCUAUUGAGCCCAAAGUGAAGUCCUACGGAUUCAACUUUUCCUGGAAUAAGCGAACUAGGGUAUCCACCAAGUAAAACAAUGCAGGACUCUUUUUAUCUUCCCGAAUUUAGUUUAUUUAAUGUAACUAAAUAACUUUCCAUGUGAAGUACAAGUUGUAAAAAUUUAUUUCAUUAAAAUAAAUAAUAUUAUAAAUUA